AUUUUUGUGACAGCCGAAAAAUUCCCCAGCUCUUGGAAUAAAGCAGCGGAGCCGAGCGCCCGAGAGCGAGAGAGACGAGAAGGAAGAAAAGGGGGAAAAAAAAAUGAGAGCCGAGGCGCUGGUGAUGCGAUCCUCCUCCUGUUCCCUCGCCUCCCUCUUCCGCCGCUGCGUUGCAUACCCUCUUCCUCCUUCUUCUUCGUAUUCUUCCUCGGCGGUGUUACCCUCCGUCUCCGCCUCCGCCUCCGUCUCGUUUCUGAGGAGUGGGAGGAUUUCCCCGCCGCCGCAUCCGGCCGCGGCGAGGCUCGAAAUUCGGCGUGAUGGACCGACCCGAUAUGGACGCGCCACGGCGAGGAGGUUGUGCGGCGUGCCGGCGGCGCACGUCUCCGACUCCGGUUCCAUCGACUCCCCCAUGAUGCAUUCCAUGGAGAAUAAGAUCAAGGAGCAACUAGAUGCAGAUGUUGUCAUAGUCAAAGAUGCAUAUGGAGAUGGUCGACAUGUCAGCAUCGAUGUAAUUUCAAAGGCAUUUGAGGGACAAUCUACAGUAAAUAGGCAAAGGAUGGUGUAUAAAGCUAUAUGGGAGGAGCUUCAGAGUACUGUGCAUGCUGUUGACCAAAUGACUACCAGGACUCCUGCUGAAGCUGCUGCAGAAAAUUAAUUAUCAUGGGUGAGAGGGAAAAUGCCUGGACAAUGUUCCUCAUUUAUCACAAGUCAUACAGGCCGAUUUGCUUUUGUUCUGUAACAAUUCCUGCCACUUUAAUUUGUUUGCAUGACUUGGAUCAGUUUCGUGCUUAAUUUGUUUUCUGUAACGAUUAUUUGCUUAUGGUUUCAAAGAUCCAGCCUUAUGAACAUAUUUCCCAAAUUUUUA